AUGUCUGCAGAAAGUAUUAAUUUAUUUCAUAGCGGAUUGGAGAAAGCGUUAGAGCGACUAGGUAAGCAAAAUAUUGAGCUAAAGGAAUGUCAGUACGAAGCAGUGAAGGCUGUAGUUGUUGAUCGGAAGGACACAUUUUGCGUCUUGCCUACUGGUUAUGGAAAGUCACUCAUAUACAACCAGCUUCUUCCAUUCGUGUUUGAUGCCUACUUGGGUCGUGAAAAUACGAAUUCUACUGGUAACUCAGUAAUUGUUAUUUCGCCAUUAAACGCCUUAAUGGUUGAUCAGAUUACUAAACUGAAAAAGCACAUGGAUGUUAGUGUUUUGAAGGCCAGCAGGGAAGCAACGCCACCAAAGCACAGCAUGCGGUCGGAGAGGGGCUCAAUUUAUCAUCAAAUUGCUCAUCCAAGUCAGAUAAUAUUUGCUCACCCAGAAGCCUUAUUGGAAGAUAAGAAAAUUUUUCAAAAUAUUUUGAAGUCAAAGUCAUAUCAAGACUCUGUUAAAGCUAUUGUGAUUGACGAAGCACAUCUAGUGGAAGAAUGGUAAGAAUUUUAUUUUAAUAUAAUACUGAGUUUUAAAUUAUAAUAUGGUUGAGGUGCAAAACAUGUAAAAAAACCCAUUCAGAUUGAGCCUGAACUAUAAUUAUUAUAUAGCAAGUUUCAAAGUUCACUUUUCCUAUAGUUUUAUUGAUCGAGGGUAUGUCAAGAAAUUAAAAUUAAGCUGUCUCCCUCUGACUUUCCGGCGAGCAUAGGUCUCUAGAGCACUGGAGCACAGAAUAGGAAGGUAUAGCAGAAGUGUAACUCAAGCAAGUAUUUGUCCGCGUGUUUUUACAAACGAUUCCUCAUCAAUCACGCCAUCCUGGCUAGUACAAUUGGCACUUUGUACCUACCAAAACCUAAUAAAAACUUCCGGUUGUACUAGCCAGGAUGACAUGGAUUGGCGUGAGCGAGUUAAAAUUUUCGUGGAUGUAAAACAAUAAGGGAAACGACUAGAGUUACGCUUCUGCUAUACCUUCUUAUUCUGUGACUGGAGCCAGCAGGGCACCCUUGGAGAGACUCCACAGACUCAAUGGGUAAAAGAGUAGGAAGCAUGAUGAUUGUGCAUUGCAGCUGGACUUAUUAACCAUUAACAUAUCUUUUUCUUGUUUAGGAAAAGUUUUAGACCUUGUUAUGCGAAAAUUGGUAUGCUGACAAGUAUUUUUCCCAAGAUCCCAUUUUUGGCAAUGACAGCAACUGCCACAUUGCAGAUGAAAAAGGAUAUUACAACCAGUCUAGGAUUGAUCGAUCCAAAACAUAUUGAGAUAAGCCCUGAUCGUCCUAAUAUCUUCUUCAGCUCUUUGCCAAGACCUGAUAGAGGGGAUGAUAAGCUUCAACCUAUAUUAACUCCUCUUAUUGCAGAAUUAAAAGUAAAACGGUUGGAUUUCCCUCUGACAUUAGUUUAUGGCAACUUGCAAGUUAUUGGAGAAUGUUUUUUGUUUGCAAGCAAUAUGAUGGGGCCUUUGCAAUAUGAACCAGUACAAUCUAGCAAACAUUCAGCUAACAGACUAUUCACACAGUUUCAUGCGCAAUAUCCGGAACAUGAACGGGAAAGGAUUAUACAGGAUCUGGUAAGUGGUCAAGUUAAGGCUACUAUUUGUCACUGUGGCGUUUGGUAUUGGUGUCGAUGUCCAUGACAUCCGUAGGAUUAUUCAUAUUGGAGUCCCUCGUACAAUUGAGGAAUAUUUUCAAGAAGCUGGUAGAUGUGGACGAGAUGGACUUCCAGCAUCUUCCACAAUAUAUUACAACUCAUAUGAUUUAGCAUCAUCUCGUAACAUUUCACCCCACAUGAAAGAGCUUGUAACUGUGGCAGAUAAAUGCAAAAGGGAAAUAAUUUUGGAUUACUUUGGUUACAAAGUAGCAAAUUGGAUUAAACCAGAGCAUACUUGCUGUGAUUUUCAUCAACAGAAAUGUAGCUGUGAUGACUGUGUUUUGAGUUCAGCUGCUGAAUUGUUAGAAAAUGCUAAUUCUGGUGUAUUGGAUCCAUCUGUUAUUAAUGAUCCUGACUACAUGGAAGCUGUGGAAGAAAGAUCUCUUUCUCUUACAACUGAGCAAAAAGAUUUGCUAAAGGGAUACUUAUUGAAUUACAAGCAGUUCCUUCAUGGCUAUGGAAAGAGUUGUGUUGGAAGUGUUGGAUUAUCUACUGGGUUAAUUUGGAGCUUGUUGACACAAUUAUUGCUUAUGCUAGUGAGCUGA